AUGGAAGAUACCUCGAGGUGCAUCGAUGAUGUACUGAAAAUAGGACAACAGGAGAAGGAAAUAAGACAGGCAGAGUUUUCUGACGCACAAGGGGAGAGAGAGGAGGUUAAGUGUAUUGAUUACACAGUAGAUUUGGAAGCAGGUCUUCCGCGCCACGAGAGUAGUGGAAAAAGUAAUACCCUCAAACAGUGUUAUAACGCCGUUCUAGGGUUUCUCGAGGAACUCAUCAUCGUCAUUAUUAUUGUGUUGCUGUUGUACAGUUUGACAAUGGUAGGUCUUUUUUAUGUGAUGACGAUGACGAAGUUUUUGUUUUAA